CUUUAAUAACAGCUAGAGAGAAGCGCUUGUAUCUGAGAGUCACCGGUAAUAUUUCAUUUGGGGACAGGAGGGUAUUAUGAGCCGAAGAAAUCCCGCUGAGUUAUGAUGGUCUGUGAGCAGCUCAAAGGUGAGACAUUUGCAGCAGAUAGGCUGCGUCUCGUCUCUCCUAAAAGCAGCCGGCGGCCGUUCAGCAGCCGGGAUAGUCCGGACGGGACAUUUUUUCCAAAGACAGAAACUCACAGAACAAGAAGAACAAGAAGGAGGAACAUGUUUGAAGCCUCAGGAAUCCCUCUGAUCGCGCUGGAUAUCGCGUGUCUCAUCCUCGUUGGACUUCCUUUUUUUAUCCUUACUCCACGACACACCCCUUUCAAACGGGGUUUCUUCUGCAAUGAUGAGUCCAUCAGAUACCCCCUCAAAGAGGACACCAUAUCCUACCAGCUGCUGGGAGGUGUCAUGAUCCCUUUCACACUGAUUGUAAUCGUAUGUGGCGAGUGCCUUUCUGUUUACCUGUCACGCAUCACGAACCAGUCUAUGGGGACCAAGUAUGUUUCAUGUGUUUACAAAGCUGUGGGGAGCUACGUGUUUGGAGCUGCUGCCAGCCAGUCUCUGACAGACAUAGCUAAAUACUCCAUUGGUCGUCUGAGGCCAAACUUCCUGGCUGUAUGCAAUCCACUGUGGGAUCGCAUUAACUGCAAAACUGGUGGAUACAUUGAGAAUUUCACCUGCACCGGGGACAAGUUUCUGGUGGAUGAAGCCAGACUGUCCUUCUACUCUGGUCACUCAUCCUUCUCUAUGUACUGCAUGAUGUUCCUUGUACUAUACAUUCAAGCCAGGCUGAGGUCAGAAUGGGCGAGGCUUCUGCGUCCCACCAUUCAGUUCUUCCUGAUUGCUACUGCAGUGUACGUGGGUCUGUCCCGGGUGUCUGACUACAAGCAUCACUGGAGUGAUGUGCUGACUGGCCUUCUGCAGGGGGGCUUAGUGGCUGUUCUUACAGUUUUCUGUGUCACCAACUUCUUUGCCCAGCCAGCGGAGCCAGUGGUGUCGCAGGAAGAAGACACCUCACACACCAGUUUACAGGACAACCCUUCCAAUGGGAACCACUAUGGCAGCACUGACUGACCCUGAGCCCCAAAAGACAGUACCAUGCAGGGUCUCUAUAAUUUAAAUCCAUGGAACUCAAGUAUUUGAUUUAAACUGCUGGCUCUUUUUGUGCAUGUCUUGAACACAGUUUCCCACUGCAGUGGAGCCAUUGCAACAGCCUGCAAGCUUUAGCUGCUACCUGGUGUAGCUGUUAAACUUUGGUUCCAGGAAGAAAAGUACACUACAGAAGCAGAACUUCCUGCCAACUUUUAGUUAAAUCCAACAUAAUACGGUUUAUUAUGCAGUGACAAAACAAAAAAUAGCAUGUUGGGUUUAAGUUAUUUUUAUUUUGUUUUGUUUUGUUUUUUUAUAGUAUGAGCUUUUGGAAAUGUGGUUACUCUUGCAUAUUGCUCUUAUGCUGCCAUCAUGAAUGAAUGGAAUCCCUUUUGCCCAGAAUAUAAAGAGCGUCUGUGUGUGCACUGCAAGCAGGCGUAUAGAUGCCUGAAACCUGUGAAUAAGAAAACCAAAACUGUCCUUAAUCUAGAGAGUGAACUCAGAAAUAAUAUGUUUAUUUUUGCCUUAGAUUUUUGCUGCUACCUGUUGUUAAGGCACUUCCCCAGUGUAAUUUACUGUAUGUAAACACAGUUUAGUAAUUUUUAUUUGUCACUUUUAAUAGAUUGUAUAAUAUUGCUUAUGUAUCUGCCCACAUUGAAGCUUUAAAACGUAUAGCUCCAAAUACUGGGAACAAAUGAGAGAAAUAAAUAAAAUGAA